GACAUGUCUACAGCAGAAACAUCCCCACUCCUCCCGACGGCAGAGAGUAGCCGUCUCAAGGCCUCGCGGACGGUCACCUUCAACGCCAACCCGGUCACCAAGACGAUCGAGCCUGACGGCGACAACUCCCCUCCCACAGCCUCAGCCGGUGCCUCAAGCUCCGCAUCCACCUCGGCAGCGCUGUCCAAGAUGCGGCGGAGACACAGCGCUGGCAGCGGUGGCGCCAUCGUGAAUGCCCUCCCGGCGAACCCGGCAGCCAAGAUCGGCCCGCAGCGGUCGACCAAGAAUGCGCAGAAGUUGAAGCUGCUGCCCAACCCAGAGCUGGAGGACGAGGAAGACGGACCCGACGAGGAGAGCGGGAGGGAUGUCUACUCGCAGUACACACGGAUUAAAGACCCCACGGCGCGGAGGGACGCGGCGCGCCUGGGCAAGGCAGACAGGACGCGGCUGCCGAGGGUGACUGCGUACAGCACGGCGAACAAGUACGAGAUGGAGGGCCUGAUGAGGUUCCUCAAGGGAUCGCGCGGCAAGACAAAGGGGGCAAAUCCCAAGCUGAUCGACGAGUGCAUAUACACGCCGUAUAACUACAACAGCAAGCAGGUGGAGAUGGGACAUGCGCAGCGCCAGGCACAGAUCCACUCCAGCCCGGUACACCCGUACGAGAGAAGGCAUUCGACGGGGGAAUUCUCGACGGCCACGGCUGCGGACGCUGGAUAUCCUCAGCAGGACCUCAUAGAUCUGAGGCACGAACACCAGAUCCGUGAGGAGGGAGGCUACGAUAGCCAGGCAGACACUUUCGGCCCGGAGAGGGGCGAAGAAGGCACGCUGGUAGAGACAGCCGACUUCGACAUAGAGGUCCACACACCCGAAGUCUUUCUCUUUGAGUAUGGCGUGGUGGUGAUAUGGGGCAUGACGCUUCAGCAGGAGACUCGCUUCCUGAAGGAGAUCUCCAAGUUCGAGGUGGAGAAGCUAGGACCUGAUGAUGUCGAGGUGGAAUACUUCAACUUCUACUACACUCGCGAGUAUCAAGCGCGCAUCUACAACGACUUCAUCGCACUGCGGGACAAGAACAACUACCGGGUGAAGCUGGCAAUCUCGCACGCCCUGGCACAGAGCACCAAGACGUCCCUGUUUGAGGACUUGAUGGAUACGACCAUCGACGCGUGCAAGGACAUCCCGACGGAGAUCUCGCUGACGGGCAAGAUUGCGCUGAGCCGCAAGCAGAUACACAUGCAGAUCGGCGAGCUGUUCAUCCUCAAGUUAAAUAUCCAUCUCGGCGGGUCGAUCCUGGACACGCCUGAGCUGUUCUGGGUCGAGCCGCAGCUUGAGCCCGUGUAUCAGGCUGUGCGCAAGUACCUCGAGAUGGACUCGAGGGUCAAGGUUUUGACCGACAGGAUGGAUGUUAUUGGUGAUCUCUUGGCCAUGCUGAAGAGCGAGCUAAGUCAUGGCCAUGGCGAGAAACUCGAGUGGAUUGUAAUUGUGCUCAUCGCUGCUGAGAUCAUCGUGGCUGCGAUAAAUAUCUUCGUUGAUAUGUACUGGGUCGACUAA